AUGCUUCAUUACCUCUACCGUAUCUUCUACAUGGCCCCAAACGACCAAGAAGUACAGGUCUUCGAGUGGCACAAUUUCUUCGAUAUUCACCACGACUUUCCGAUGCGUGUACACAUCGACAACACCGACGAUCACAAAAAGUGCGCAACGAUGGCAGAUAUAAUCGCCUGGUUCACCAAACCAGAGAAGGAUAGAAAUGCAUUGAGAAGACUUGGAAUGACUCCGAAACUCAUCUACUGCCUCGGUUGUAAAACUGUGGAGGAGAGAGAGUUCCUCAGUUUGAUGACACUCAAAAAAAUGGCCAAGCCUGUCGAAGAGCCUGCUCCAUUCAAAAUAAAACCAAUCAGCUCAAAAGCCGCUAAACGUUUGGGAAUGUCACCAAUGGAAAUGGCUGAUGCAGCAGUCUCAUGCUCGAACUUACAUGCCGAACCAAUUCAAGCUCAAAACAACUACUUGUCAUCAGUGAUUGGUUUUCCACUCCGUCGUUCAGCAUCCGCUCUUCUGUUCCCGGUCACAGAUUUACUCGAGCACCAUUGUAUCAAACAACCCGAGACUAUUGUCACUGACACUUCUAUGUGGCCUAUCGAGAAAGCGUCAUCAUCAUAUGAUCUCAACAAACCGGAUGCACCACCCAAGCCAAAAACAUCUAAAGCAAGUGCUUUGCUUCCUUCUAUUGUAUUCGGAGACUCGUCAGCCAAAUUGGACCCGAAUGAACCACUCCGUAAAAACGGAACUGUGGACAUGCCAAUUUUGAAACAAAGCGAAGCACACAAGAAGUCUAUUGCCAGACGUAAAAGACAUGAACGUCUCCUGAAGGCGAGUGAGUGGUAUCGUAUUACCGAUGAAGAGAAGGCAACACUCGUGGAGAUCAAAAUCCGUCAGCGUAUUCUAUUGAUUCAACACUACAUCCGCGGUUGGCAAGAUAUGGGUGCGAAAGACGCUUGCGUUGCCAAGUGGCUCGCUGAGGAUCUCUGCAAACCUCUACACUCCCGUCGCUUCGCCAGUUUUGAGUACCAUCACUUCAUCCCAUCUCACGUGCUUCAGAUCCUCACCAAAUUGAACAAAGUUCAAAUGGAGAAAUAUGCGAAAAACUAUCUGGUUUAUAUGCAACGCGUUGAGAGCUUGAAUAGCUACUCGGAUGGUCGUGGAGAACUUCAAAAGAGAAAAGAGGAUAAUGCUUAUAAUAUCUCAUAG